ACUACUUCCUGGUCACUGUGUCAUAUGACUCCAUCUGUUCAUCCGCUCUCAUCGCUGAUUUGUUUACACACAGACACUCGAAUUAAUUUAAAGCAAAAAUUAUAACAAUGGCCACAUUAUUAGCUAACCGGCCCGUGGAUCUCAACGGCCCUGAAGCGGCGGCACGGCAGCACGCGCAAGCGGUGGUCAGAAACUACAUUUCCCAUCCCAGACUGACCUACUCUACUGUGUCUGGUGUAAAUGGGCCACUGGUUAUCUUGGACAAUGUCAAAUUUCCACGUUAUGCAGAGAUUGUGCACUUGACUCUACCUGAUGGGACCAAGAGGAGCGGUCAGGUGCUGGAGGUCAUCGGCACCAAAGCUGUUGUCCAGGUAUUUGAAGGCACCUCAGGUAUUGAUGCUAAGAAGACCGCGUGCGAGUUCACCGGUGACAUCUUGCGCACACCCGUCUCUGAGGAUAUGCUCGGACGUGUCUUUAACGGGUCAGGUAAACCCAUUGACAGGGGACCUGUUGUGCUGGCUGAGGACUACUUGGACAUAAUGGGUCAACCCAUCAACCCUCAGUGUCGUAUCUACCCCGAGGAGAUGAUCCAGACUGGCAUCUCUGCCAUCGACGGCAUGAACAGCAUCGCCCGUGGACAGAAGAUCCCUAUUUUUAGCGCCGCUGGAUUACCCCAUAAUGAAAUUGCUGCUCAGAUCUGUCGUCAGGCUGGUUUGGUGCAGAAAUCCAAAGACGUGAUGGAUUACAGUUCGGAUAACUUUGCUAUCGUCUUUGCUGCUAUGGGGGUUAAUAUGGAAACCGCUCGUUUCUUCAAGUCAGACUUUGAGGAGAAUGGAUCUAUGGACAACGUGUGCUUAUUUUUGAACCUGGCCAACGAUCCUACCAUUGAACGCAUCAUCACCCCGCGUCUGGCUCUGACCACAGCGGAGUAUCUGGCCUAUCAGUGUGAGAAACACGUGCUGGUCAUCCUCACCGAUAUGAGCUCCUAUGCAGAGGCUUUGAGAGAGGUGUCUGCUGCCCGUGAAGAGGUGCCGGGUCGUCGUGGUUUCCCAGGGUACAUGUACACUGAUCUUGCUACAAUCUACGAAAGAGCUGGAAGAGUGGAGGGCAGAAAUGGAUCAAUUACCCAGAUACCCAUUCUGACCAUGCCUAAUGAUGAUAUCACUCACCCGAUUCCCGAUCUUACGGGAUACAUCACAGAGGGACAGGUGUAUGUAGAUAGACAACUGCAUAACAGACAGAUCUAUCCACCCAUCAACGUGCUUCCGUCUCUCUCUCGUUUGAUGAAAUCUGCUAUCGGCGAGGGCAUGACUCGCAAAGAUCACGCAGAUGUCUCUAACCAGCUGUAUGCUUGUUAUGCCAUUGGUAAAGAUGUUCAGGCCAUGAAGGCUGUGGUGGGUGAGGAAGCGUUGACCUCUGAUGAUCUGCUGUACCUGGAGUUCCUGCAGAAGUUUGAGAAAAACUUCAUUGCUCAAGGUCCCUAUGACAACAGAACUGUGUUUGAGACACUGGAUAUUGGUUGGCAGCUACUCCGAAUCUUCCCUAAAGAAAUGCUGAAGAGAAUUCCUCAGAGUACGCUAGCCGAGUUUUAUCCCAGAGAGUCUGCUGCACGCCACGGCACCUCCUAAGACCUCUACGAACUUCAGGAGGCCCUGGCCAAAGUCACAUGACCUCUUUUCCCCCAAAACACCUCAUCUCUGACCCCUGUGUAACCAUGAAACAGAUUACAAUGGUAUUUAGAUUAUUGGGACAUAGCUCUGAGUUAUGACACAUUUGUGAAGCACACAUACAAAUAAUGGUUUCAAUGUGUUAUGAAACCCACGUGUUAUGGAUUUUUCAUGAGUCCUUUUGUUGCGUUAUACAUGGUUAUGUGUGCUUUAUGUGUAGAAUGUCUACCAUUGUGAUUGCUGUAUUUUAUGUUUGUUUUUGUCUUUGUUAACUGUUUUGUUUCUGAGAUGCAGAAAUUAAUUUUCUGCCAGUUCACUAUCCCCAGUCUAAAGAGGAUGUUCAAAACAUUUAGGGAAAUAUUCAGGGCUCAGGGCCACUUGUACAGUGGUGUGUUCCCAUUUCCUUUAUUCGGCACUAUACCAAACCAUCCUUACAAUCAUUCCAGUGUAUUUGAUAAAACUUGAUUUACCUCUAAACUAAUAAUUUACUAGCCAUCCUUUGACAUUAUUGUUUUUAUUUAUUUUAAUGUACGAAACACACUCAAAUGAAAGGCUGGACACCAAACAUCAAUCUGUGUUGACAGACAGGUAAUUGUAGGUGAUGAAUGAUCAUAUAGUGUGUGGUUAUCACUGACAGCCCUUAUUUCCCUUUCCUAGAAAUAGCAUAUGUGCUUUCAAAUGAAUCUGUGCUGUAAUAUUAGAAUGAUUAAACAUUCCCAUGUCUUGUUUUGUGUGCAUAAAUGUGUUUGACCUGUGUUGCUGUUAAACCUCUCAGAUAAAAUAAAUUAUAUUAUUAUUGUGAUUGACA